CUGCUGGCGGGGUCUCUGCUGGCGCGGGUCUCUGCUGGCGGGGUCUCUGCUGGCGGGGUCUCUGCUGGCGGGGUCUCUGCUGGUGGGGUCUCUGCUGGCGGGGUCUCUGCUGGCGGGGUCUCUGCUGGCGGGGUCUCUUCUGGCGGGGGUCUCUGCUGGCAGUGUCGCUGCUGGCGGCUGGCGCUGGUGCUGGUGCCUGGUGUCGUGCUCCGCGCCACUCCCUUCCCCUCCUCCCUCUCCCCCCCAAAGCGACCGCCGCUGCACCUGCAAACAGUCGCGACGGGGGGGGGGGGGGGAGACGGGCAGGGGGCGGGCGAGCGGGUGGGUUGCGCGGACUGGGUGCGCAGGCUCCAGUGCAGGCGACCGCUGCUGGCGUGUCCAGCUGGCGCGUCGGUUGGCGUCGAUGAGCUGGCGGGCGCGUCGAUGGGCGAGCUGGCGGGCGCGUCGGUGGGCGAGCUGUCGGGCACGUCGGUGGGCGAGCUGGCGGGCGCGUCGGUUGGCGAGCCGGCUGGCGUGCUCGUCGGCGGGUCCGACGGCGGGGUCGCAGACGUGUGGGCGAACGCGCUGGCGAUUUCGCUGGCGGGCCGCUGGCGAUUUCGCCGCGGGUUGCUGGCGGGUCCGCUUGCAUUCGCCAUAGCGCCCGCCGCGGCCGUCAUGAUGAGCGCCGCGACGCGACGGGAUGGCCGCGAACGUUCUUGCCGUGGCGCCCGUCACUAA